AUGCCUGUCGCCAUUCGCCCAGCCUCCGAAGCGAUGCCCAUCGUGCGCGAGGGCAUGCCUGCGACAAGCAGGUUCGGUCUGCGCAUCGGCUACUUGCUGCAGACGCGCGGUUGGAAGACGCCAUCAGGACCUUCAUUUCUUGGCUGCCAACACACAAGAGCCAGCCGCGUUCAACACUUUGACAUCAGGGGCCUUCAACACUCUGCCACUGGACCAACGAUUGCUGAGCCCUCCACAACGCUUCAACGUGAUGAUCAUCCACCAAACUCAAGCCGUGAGCUUGUGCUGUACAACACCAUGUCACGGAGCAAAGAGGUCUUCCAACUACAGCAUCCCACUUCCAGGCCUGUCACAAUGUAUGUGUGUGGUGUCACCGUAUAUGACUACAGCCACAUCGGACAUGCCCGUGCCUACGUCACCUUUGAUGUCCUGUACAGGCUGCUGGAGUGGCUGGGCUAUGACGUCCUUUACGUCAGAAAUUUCACAGACAUUGAUGAUAAAAUUAUCAAGCGGGCCAAUGAGCAGGGACAGGACGUCAGCGUCCUCACCCAAAAGUUCAUUCAGGAAUUCCGCACUGACAUGCAACUGCUGGGAUGCAGACUGCCAACAAAGGAGCCAAAGGCAACAGAGUACAUCAAUGAGAUGGUUGAGAUGAUCAAGGCGAUUUUGAGCAAUGGGCAUGGAUACGAGGCACAUGGGGAUGUGUACUUUGACACAGAAUCAUGCCAGGGCUAUGGUCGACUGUCAGGGAGGACCCAAGAAGACAACAGGGCUGGAAAGCGGGUUGCUGUGGACGAGCGCAAGAAGAAUGCAGCUGAUUUUGCCCUCUGGAAAUCUGCAAAGCCCGGUGAGCCCUCAUGGCCAAGUCCCUGGGGCCAGGGCCGUCCAGGCUGGCACAUAGAAUGCAGCUGCAUGAUCAAGGAACUUAUUGGGCCUGUCCUGGACAUUCAUGGAGGAGGGAGCGAUUUGGUCUUUCCUCACCACGAAAACGAGCUGGCACAGUCACAGGCAGCAGCAGCACCAUGUGAUCGAGAGCUCAUGCUGAAUGGGACGGAUUUCGUGCGUUACUGGGUACACAACGGUUUUGUCAACGUGGACAGCGAAAAGAUGUCGAAAUCCCUUGGGAAUUUCUUCACCAUUCGCGAUGUGCUGCAAAAGCACCACCCCAUGGCGCUGAGGUGGCUACUGUUGUCCAUGCAAUACAGACAGCCUCUGAACUACACUGCUAGGGGCCUGGAGGAGGCAGGGCAGGCUGUAUACUACAUGCUUCAGACACUGCUGGAUGCAGAAGCCACGCUGCCUGCUGCAGGUGAAAACGACGUUGUUCACGGCUCCAGCCAGUCCCCCGACGCAAGCAACUUGGAAGGGACGGGAAGGGACCUCGUCACUGCGGCAGAAGAGGCGCUAUGUGAUGACCUGAACACGGCCGUGGCGCUGGCUGCGCUGUAUUCUGCAUUAAAAUCUAUGAAUGAACUAAUGCACACGAAGAAGGGCAGGAAGACCAAAGGGCGCCUCAAAAUCCUUGCUGGAUGUGUGGAGGGCGUUCGCUCUGUGCUGGGGAUUCUUGGCAUCGAUUCCAAUGAUCCCGAGCGCCAGUUGCAGGAGAUGCGACAGCUUGCACUUGACCGUGCAGGGUUGUCUGAAGAAGAUGUGCAGAGGAUCAUCGGCGAACGAGCACAGGCACGAGAGGCUAAAGACUUUGCCAAGGCUGAUGAGCUCCGUGCCAAGCUGCUAAAGUCGGGUAUUUCCAUGAUGGACACACCCCAAGGCACAACUUGGAGGCCUGGCACCUGA